AUGGAUGAUGAUACUGGGCUGGAGCUCAGCUUAGGUCUCUCUUGUGGAGGAUCAUCAGGGAAAGCUAAAGCUAACAACAACACUAGUAAUAAUGCUGGAAGCUCCUCUGAGAACCACAGAGUAGAAGGAGGCGAUAGAAGCGCUAAAGUGAUUGAUGACUUCAAGAACUUCCUCCAUCCAACUUCUCAAAGACCAUCAGAGCCGAGUUCUGGCUCUCAGAGAAGCGACUCGAAUCAACAACCUCCGCAGAACUUCUUCAACGACCUCUCCAAAGCUCCUGUCAACGACGGUGAAGCUUCCACGAAACCUUUGUGGGUGGAGGACGAGACACGGAAAGAAGCUGGAAGCAAAAGGAAGUUCGGGUUUUCAGGGAUGAACGAUGAAAAGAAGAAGGAGAAGGACUCAUCAUCAUCACACGUUGUUGAUCUGCACGAGAAGAAGACCAAAGCUUCUCAUGUUUCAACCGCUACAGAUGAAGGAUCAACAGCUGAGAACGAAGAUGUAGCAGACUCUGAAGCAGGAGGCGGUGGUGGAGGUUCUUCUUCUAACCUCGCAAAGGACGUGACUCGUCCUAACGCUGAUACAAACAUUGUGGACAACUUAGCUGGUCAGAGGAAGAGCAGUAACCAUGGAGGAACUAGCGCUGAUGAGUUUACAAUCCGGAACAUGAGUAGUUACACCGUACCUUUCACAGCUCAUCCGCAGAAUGUCGUCACUAGCUUGCCUUACUCUGCUAAAGAGUCUGCAGCGGCUACGAGUCUAAUGCAGCCUAGUGCUAAUCCCGGGAAUCUCCCAGUUAUGUUCGGAUACUCACCGGUUCAGCUCCCUAUGCUUGAUAAAGACGGUGCAAGUGGGAUUGUUGCUCUUUCUCAAUCUCCGUUCGCCGGAAGAGGCCCAUCAAACUCAGCUACUGCGAAAGGCGAGGGAAAGCAGCCUGUUGCAGAAGAAGGCUCGUCCGAGGAUGCAACAGAACGGCCAACAGGAGACAACAACAACAACAACAGUAAUGCUGCUUUCUCAAACGACUUUUCUGCCAUUAAACCUGGAAUGGCUGCAGAUGUGAAGUUUGGGGGAUCAGGAGCACGUCCAAACCUGCCGUGGGUCUCAACCACUGGUUCAGGCCCGCACGGCCGGACUAUCUCUGGUGUCACAUACCGGUACAACGCGAACCAGAUCAAAAUCGUAUGUGCUUGCCAUGGCUCGCACAUGUCGCCUGAGGAGUUUGUUAGGCAUGCGAGUGAGGAGUAUGUUAGCCCUGAAUCAUCCAUUGGGAUGACCGCUGCGUCAGCUCACACCUGA